AUGCCCCGUGGGCGGUGCUCACCUUUGACCUUCUCUCCCUCACUAUACAUCCGGGCUCCAGCUCUUCGAGAGAGGAAGAUGGCGGCGGCGACGACGAGCGGAGCGACUUCGGUGGUUCCCUACGAGUGGAUAAAAAACUGGGAGAAAGUGGGCAAGCUCGAAUUUGUGCAGUUAUGUCGAGCCCUUUGUGAAAACAAAAACCGUGAACAUUUGAUUUUCAGAGAUCUCCAGCAAGUUAUCUAUGAGCUCUCAUAUCAUGUCAUAAGGGGAACUCUAAAACAUGAACAAGCAUCCAGUGUUCUCAGUGACAUUAUUGACUGUCGUGAGGAUAUGCCCUCCAUCCUAGCUGAUGUAUUCUGCAUCUUAGAUAUUGAGACAAGUUGUUUAGAAGAAAAAAGCAAGAGAGACCAUUUUACACAGUUGGUGUUAUCCUGUUUGUAUUUAGUUUCAGACACAAUCUUAAAGGAGCGUUUGGAUCCAGAAACGUUGGAAUCUUUAGGGCUUAUUAAGCAGUCCCAGCAAUUCAAUCAAAAAUCUGUUAAAAUCAAGACAAAACUUUUUUAUAAGCAGCAAAAAUUCAAUCUCUUAAGAGAAGAGAACGAAGGUUAUGCAAAACUGAUUGCAGAAUUGGGGCAGGAUUUGUCUGGAAAUAUCACUAGCGACUUAAUCUUAGAAAAUAUCAAAUCUUUAAUAGGAUGCUUUAAUCUGGACCCGAACAGAGUUCUGGAUGUCAUUUUAGAAGUCUAUGAAUGCAGACCAGAAUAUGAUGAAUUUUUUGUACCUUUAAUAGAAUCCUAUAUGUGUAUGUGUGAACCUCAAACACUAUGUCAUAUUCUAGGGUUCAAAUUCAAGUUUUAUCAGGAACCAAAUGGAGAGACGCCAGCAUCUUUAUAUAGAGUUGCUGCAAUACUUCUCCAGUAUGAUCUUAUUGAUUUAGACGAUCUUUAUGUUCAUCUUCUUCCAGUGGAUAAUACUAUUCUUGAUGAGCACAAACAAGAAAUUGUGGAAGCCAAGCAAAUUGUUAGAAAACUUACCAUGGUUGUCUUGUCCUCUGAAAAGAUGGAUGAGAGAGACAAAGAAAAGGAAAAAGAGGACGAGAAAACAGAUAAGCCACCUGACAACCAGAAACUUGGUUUAUUGGAAGCUCUGUUAAAGAUUAGUGAUUGGCAACAUGCACAGAGCAUUAUGGAUCAGAUGCCCCCAUUCUAUGCUUCUUCACAUAGGCCAAUAGCCAUUGCUCUUUGCCAGCUUAUCCAUGUAACUGUUGACCCCCUCUACCGAAGAGUUGGAGUACCUAAAGGUGCUAAAGGAUCGUUUGUUGCUCUGUUACAAAACAAGCGAGCGCCAAAACAAGCAGACAGUUUUGAAGAUAUGAGAAAAGAAGUAUUCAAUAUGCUCUGUCAUCUUGGUCCUCACCUUUCUCAUGAUCCCAUUUUGUUUGCAAAAGUGGUGCGCUUAGGGAAAGCAUUUAUGAAAGAGUUUCAGGCUGAUGGAAACAAACCAGAAGAAAAAGACAGAAUGGAAACUUUGCUUAGUUGCUUGCUGACUAUUACUGACCAGGUGCUACUUCCUUCUCUUUCUUUAAUGGAUUGCAAUGCUUGUAUGUCUGAAGAACUAUGGGGAAUGUUUAAAUCAUUUCCAUAUCAAUACAGGUAUCGUCUGUAUGGUCAGUGGAAGAAUGAAACUUAUAAUAGUCACCCACUUUUGGUAAAAGUUAAAGCUCAAACGAUAGACAGAGCCAAAUAUAUAAUGAAGCGAUUGACAAAGGAAAAUGUGAAGCCUUCUGGAAGACAGAUUGGGAAAUUGAGCCACAGCAAUCCAACCAUUUUGUUUGAUUACAUUUUAUCACAAAUACAGAAGUAUGACAACUUAAUAACACCAGUAGUUGAUUCAUUGAAAUACCUCACUUCAUUGAACUAUGAUGUCUUGGCCUAUUGCAUUAUUGAAGCUUUGGCUAAUCCAGAGAAAGAAAGAAUGAAACAUGAUGAUACAACUAUCUCAAGCUGGCUUCAAAGCCUAGCAAGUUUUUGUGGUGCGGUUUUUCGUAAAUAUCCAAUUGAACUUGCUGGUCUUCUUCAAUAUGUGGCGAAUCAGCUAAAAGCAGGAAAAAGCUUUGACCUACUUAUUUUGAAAGAGGUGGUACAAAAAAUGGCAGGAAUUGAAAUUACUGAAGAAAUAACAAUGGAGCAACUAGAGGCCAUGACUGGUGGGGAACAGCUUAAAGCUGAGGGUGGCUAUUUUGGACAGAUCAGAAACACUAAAAAAUCCUCUCAGAGGUUAAAGGAUGCAUUAUUGGACCAUGAUCUUGCCCUUCCUCUAUGCCUGCUUAUGGCUCAGCAGAGAAAUGGUGUAAUCUUUCAGGAAGGAGGAGAGAAACACUUAAAGCUUGUGGGAAAAUUAUAUGACCAGUGUCAUGAUACCCUGGUACAGUUUGGUGGCUUUUUAGCAUCUAAUCUAAGCACAGAGGAUUAUAUAAAGAGAGUGCCUUCAAUUGAUGUGCUUUGUAAUGAGUACCACACACCUCAUGAUGCAGCAUUUUUCCUGUCUAGGCCUAUGUAUGCACACCAUAUCUCAUCAAAGUAUGAUGAGCUUAAAAAAGCUGAGAAGGGAAGUAAGCAGCAACAUAAAGUUCAUAAAUACAUCACAUCGUGUGAGUUAGUGAUGGCUCCAGUCCAUGAGGCAGUGGUCUCUUUGCAUUUGCCAAAGGUGUGGGAUGACAUCAGCCCCCAGUUCUAUGCCACAUUUUGGUCAUUGACAAUGUAUGACCUUGCAGUUCCACGUAACAGCUAUGAAAGAGAAGUCAAUAAACUGAAAAUCCAGAUGAAAGCUGUUGAUGACAAUCAGGAAAUGCCUCCAAAUAAAAAGAAAAAGGAGAAGGAACGCUGUACUGCCCUUCAGGAUAAACUUCUUGAAGAAGAGAAGAAACAGAUAGAACAUGUCCAGAGAGUUCUGCAGAGACUAAAACUGGAAAAAGAUAACUGGCUUUUAGCAAAAUCUACAAAAAAUGAGACCAUUACAAAAUUUCUACAACUGUGUAUAUUUCCUCGCUGCAUUUUUUCAGCGAUUGAUGCUGUUUACUGCGCUCGUUUUGUAGAAUUGGUACAUCAACAGAAAACGCUUAAUUUUUCCACACUUUUGUGUUAUGAUCGAGUUUUCUCUGAUAUAAUUUACACAGUAGCAAGCUGUACUGAAAAUGAAGGUAGUCGCUAUGGAAGAUUUCUCUGCUGCAUGUUAGAAACUGUGACUAGGUGGCAUAGUGAUAGAGCAAUAUAUGAAAAGGAAUGUGGUAACUAUCCAGGCUUCCUUACCAUUUUACGGGCAACUGGAUUUGAUGGUGGAAACAAAGCUGAUCAGUUAGACUAUGAGAAUUUUCGGCAUGUUGUACACAAGUGGCAUUAUAAACUAACAAAGGCAUCAGUGCAUUGCCUUGAAACGGGUGAAUAUACUCAUAUCAGGAACAUUCUCAUUGUGCUGACCAAAAUACUUCCUUGGUAUCCUAAAGUUUUGAACCUGGGCCAGGCUUUGGAACGAAGAGUGCAUAAGAUCUGUCAAGAAGAGAAGGAGAAGAGACCUGACCUAUAUGCAUUGGCUAUGGGCUAUUCUGGGCAGUUGAAAAGUAGAAAGCCAUACAUGAUACCUGAAAAUGAAUUCCACCACAAAGAUCCUCCCCCAAGGAAUGCUGUUGCUGCCACUGUACAAAAUGGGCCCGGUGGUGUUGGCCUAUCUACAUCACUCACAAUAAAUGCAGCUAAAUUGGAAGAAAGCACUACUGAGGAGACUGAUAAAGUGAAGGAGAAAUCUCAGGGUGCUGUGAAAGUUGCCAAUAAAGCUGCCAGUGCAACACCUAAAGCGACUACAAGUAAUGGAAACAGUGCUUCUAAUAGCAAAGUUACUAAAGAAAAUGACAAAGAGAAAAGUGGGAAAGAAAAAGACAGAGAAAAAAAAGAAAAGACUCCAGCUGCCACUCCAGAGGCCAAGGCACUUGGUAAAGAUGGUAAAGAAAAACCAAAGGAAGAGCGGGCAAACAAAGAUGAUAAAGCAAAAGAGAUCAAGGAAAAAACACCCAAGUCUGACAAGGAGAAGGAAAAAUUCAAGAAGGAUGAAAAGUCUUCUAAAGAUGAAAAAUUCAAGACACUUGUUACCAACACUGAAUCAAAGUCAGCUGUAGAAAAGGAAAGAGACAAGGAACCACCCAGAGAGAAAGAUGUAGCGAAGGAAACGAAAUCCAAGGAAAAUGUUAAAGGAGGAGAAAAGACGCCAGUUGCUGGGUCCUUGAAGUCACCUGUUCCCCGAUCAGAAACAUCAGAGUCUGAAAGGGAACAAAAACGUCGCAAACUUGAUACCCACUCUUCUCCAUCACAUUCCUCAACAGUAAAGAUUUAUUCCCAGAAAAGGAGUAGCUGGUUUGUUUCAAGGUUACAACCAUACUUCCAAGUUUCUCGGGAUUCUGAGAACUAUUCCAGCUCACCUGUCAUCUCCAUUCAUUUUCUACAGGACAACCUCAGCGAGCUCAAGGAGUCAUCAGCAAAGCACUACAUUAAUCACACUACUCCAAUACUGUCCAAGAGUAAGGAGAGAGAAAUGGAAAAGAAAGAUUUGGACAAGUUAAGGGAAAGAUCCAGAGAGAGAGAGAAGAAAGAGGACAAGGACAGGAAAGAACGGAAAAGGGAUCAUUCAAACAAUGACCGUGAAGCACCCCAGGACUCCAAGAGGCGUAAAGAGGAAAAUGGAACAACUGGUGCUUCAAAACAUAGUAAAAGUGAAAGUCCAUCAGAUUCUCCUCGUUCAAAUGAGAAGGAAAAAAACAAAUCUAAGUCUUCAGGCAAAGAAAAAGGCAACGAUGCCAUUAAAAUGGACAAAAUGGAGAAAAGCUCUUCUGGUAGCAAAAAGGACUCUCGUCAUGAUAAGGAAAAAACAGAGAAAAAAGAGAAACGGGACAGUACAGGAGGAAAGGAGGAGAAGAAGCAAUAUCCUGUGAAAUGGAAAGAUUGUCAUCUUUGAUCAGAAAUAUCUUUUCCUAAGUAGAUGGCACAGAAAUUUGUGAACAGAGAGGACCCAUCUACAUCUCCUUAAGUUAUUCAGUUUUCUGCUUUAUUUUCUCCAUGCUGAAAAACCUAAAAAUUGUUGAGUUGUGCAUUUCUGUAUUUUAACUUGUUGCUUAGGUUCUUACACAUUUAUUUUCAGUACAUGGCUGAAAGUGUUACUUAUUCCCUAUUUUUUUUUAGCACAAUGUGCUGCAAACAAACAGUUGCCAUGGAGCAAAUGAGGAGGUUACAUGUGUACUAGAAUUUCAGUUUAGAUUGUUUAAAUACUGCCUGGGUUUAGUCAUUCUGUCAAUUUUCAAUGCAUUCUUUUUAUUGUUGGAAACAAAAUAAACAGCUGUUUAAUCAUUUUGAAGUUA